AUGGAACACUUAUUUGACCUAUCCGUAACGGAUAAAGAGGCAGAAAUUGAGGCAGCCAAUCGUGAGUGGAUGAAACGAAUGCGGGAGGUUGCAAUUUGUGGAGAACGCGAAGCAAUAAAUGAUGGUUUUAAUUCUCGUUCGAGUUCCAUCUUCGAUAGGGGCCUUGAUGUCGGCUUCGAGGCCGUGAGAGAUCUGGCAGUUCUUAAGGGGCGUUUGCUUUUUUAUAAGUCAAUGCGAAAUGCAGAUGGAUCUUUGGUGGAUCAACUCCUGUCUGAUCUAGAUUUGUUGAUGAGACAAGUUACUCGGGCAUUUGCCGCCAGUAGGGACCAUUCUCCUGCCUUUGAGGCUGUGUUUUCCAAAGAUCUUUCGGAGAAAAUAGCAAGCACUAAAGAGGCAGUGGAUAAGUUUUUAACUAUGCACUAA